AUGGGCAGCGACCACCGUCCGAUCAUUGCCUACGUUAAUCGACAGGUUAGAUCAGUAAAAGUUUUUUCCUACAAACACAAAUUAUCGAAAGAACAAUGGAGAAACUUUACCUCUAUCCUGCAAUCACGUGCUAAAGAUUUGGAGGCGGAGGUUCUUGAGAUCAGUGAUAAGGAGCUUUUGCAACAAUACCGCGUGUUUUUUAAUCAAGUUGAUAACGUCCUUAGUGAGUUCUCUCCCCCAGCUAGAGACUCAGUUUCUCUGAAACAUCGGAAAAAAGAUGGUACUCAUACAGGUCCGCCUCCCGCCCCUUGGUGGACAAAGGAGUGUUCGGAAGCAGUGCAGACUGGAAAAAGAGUAUGCAAGACAUACCGUAAAAACCCCUCUGUGGCAAAUUAUCAGGCUUAUAGGGCUCAACUUUCCCUGACUAGAAAAAUCCUGAGAAAGGCCAAAAGAGAUGGAUGGAGGGAAUAUUGUUCCUCGUUGGAUUUUUUGACUCCUACUGUGGAGGUUUGGAGAAUGCUGAAAAGGUAUAAAAAUCGUAAAUUGGCGUCUGCCAAUCCCUCUGCGGGCGUAAAUAGCGAACAGAUUGAUAUCGCAAUGGCUAACAUUUGUCCUCCCUCGUGUAAUUCUGAACCACUAAACAUCCCAGACAACUCCGCUUCCACACCUGACACCCUCUCUUGGAUGGACAGCGUCUUUCAAUUUCAGGAAUUCGAGGCUGCUCUUGACUCCGUAAAGGUGAAGUCCAGCCCAGGUUUUGAUAGAAUAGAUUACCAAAUUAUUAAAUCGCUUCCUUCUUCCCUGCAAAAACUGCUUCUGAGAAUCCUCAACAACCUGUUUCUGGAGGGUGCUUUUCCGGAGACCUGGUCACAUUCGCUGGUAUAUCUCAUCCCUAAACCUCACGGUGGUGGAGUUAGCUCUCACCUCCUGUGUACUUAA